UCGACAUUUGGUACAGGAGUCAACCCACACUGCCUCGCCUGCUGGGAUCACCUUGGUCCUAGAAGCAUCCACAUAGCAGUUGGGCCCUGGGGGGAAAAGAGAUGAUUAGUGAGACUAUCCCGAGCUUCAUCCAAUCACAUGACUGCGCGAGCUCGUUUCCAUAACAGCAGGGGUGUUUACGUCCGGGAUACAGGAAGCGGCGUUUGCUCGGGCUGUCAUAUCCUCCGUUACUUCGAAUAUGCUUUUGGACACACGCGCCUGACCCAAAGUUAACUUCCGCUACUUCGCCUGCAGUAUGGACAAACUGAAUGCACAUCAGUGAUGAGUUUUUGUGCUUGGCUUUGGAAAUAGAGGCUUCAUGGACAAUUUCCAACGCCAACAAUCUGUGUGGAAUAUAGUGAAGGAACAUGUUCCCUAUUCCGAGCUUCCUGAGAUUCGAGCAGUCCUUGGAAAUACCCUGGUUGAUACGUGCAAAGACUUAUAUGCAGAGGUGGAGAUGUGGGAGAACAUUUGGCUGGAGAUCCAUUACUCUGAGCAGGGCAGCAGGCCAGAAACCCCAGCGUUCCCUCUGGCUGACCCCCCGGCUAUUAAAGAGUUGCUAAAGGCUGAGAUUCAACUGUUGCUGCUUACAUUGAGGAAAAGAGCAGCCAGACAUGGCAGGGACGCUGAGGAGAUCAUGACCCAGUACAGUCCCGCUGUGGUGAGUUAUGCACUGGGCAGCAGUAGCGCACAGAGGCAGAAGAGUCCCGACACCUGGUGUGAGACUGCCAAAUCACCUUCUAGACCCCCAUCAAGCUUGAGCGAGAUUGGGAGCAGAUCAUACUCCAGCCUCUCAUCUCACUCCAGCUGCGAGGACGAGAUCAGAGCUUUAAAACGCAAGUUAAACAUCACCCAUAUAGAUGAGGUGGUGUCCCAUCUCAGAUCCGUCCUGACUGAAGAAUAUGAUGUCAUGGAGAGAGAUGUGCGGGUCCUGAAGGAGAACAUAAUGAGAGCCAACAGGCAAAGAGGACCUGUGUCUCCUGAACCCACUGUAGCAGAACUCAAAGAGGAACGAAGGAUCAUUCAAAGAGAUCUGGAGGUCCAGAGUUUGAUGCGCAGCUCCUGUACCACAAACAGUCUGACUAUAAAAAAAACACAAAUUCAGCUCAGGGAAACACGUGAACUUGCUUCGUCUCCACAUAAUUCAGAAAGGAUGCCAGAUGCAAACCAUCAAACAGUUGCGUCUGGAAUUUACUCAUUUCAUUUGAAACCCUGUCCACCCGAAGACCACUUUAGGACGUCUGUUUCAUCCAAACAGAGAAAUCGACUCCUCCCGAGCUCUUCACCACCCCUAGUCUCACCCUCAGACACUACACAGCACAGAACACAAGAGCCAUGUUUAAAUCACGACCAUUCCAACCACGAAAAGUUGUUCUCCGGAAAGUCUAUAAACCUGAUAGACGGCAACAUCUCAAAUGUUGAAUUAAACUCCCUCAGUUCUGCUCUGGAACAUGGAGAUAUGUCCAAAAAGUACAGAGGGACUUCUGCCUUCAGACUAGUUCCAGCAGCCUCAGCCGGAGAGUCUGAAGCUGCCAAAGACCUCAUAAAGCUGGGGGUGACCAAAGACAGUGAACUUGGCCUUCUCCAGCCCGCUCCCCCUGCAGUGCAGAGAACAGCCAGCAGGGGGCUGAGGGGGAGCAGACGCUUGUGUGUUCCUCAGCCUGACAGUCUGCUCAGUUCUCUGUGACAUUUACAGGUCGUCCUGACAUGGUUUACUUUGUCAGUGUGACAUGUGAAAGCUGGUGUUUAAGGUAAUUCAAGUCAUUUGGCAGUAGUCUAUGAGAACUGAAUCACAUGGUACACAGUCACCUGAAAAUUGCCCCCUUAAAGUUUUUUUUUAUAAAUCAAAUUGGCUUUACAAGUAAUUUUAAGUUACUGGUGAGUUGCUGUCGUUUAAUAGUAGGAAGUUGAAAUUGCUCAACGUGAUAAGUUGACUUAAUGUAAAAACAUGUAAGAAAAUUGAAAUAGUAGUAAGUUGAAAUGACUUAAAGCCAAUUAAAAUUUUAAGGCAGCGAAAUAAGUGUUUCAGAAGUACAGAUACUAGUUUUUUUCUAAAGUAAAGGUAUAGUUCACACAAAAAUGAAAAGUCUGUCAUUUCAUUUCAAAGUCAUUUCAAACCUGUAUGACUUUCUUUCUUCUGCAGAACAGAAGAUAUUUUGAAGAAUGUCGGUAACCGGAUAACAUUGUUUGAUGUGCAUUGGUUUCGUGUCCAUACAAUAGAAGCGAAUGGGUAUCACCUUUGUUGCGUUACCAACAAUCUUCAGAAUGUCUUUUGUCUUCUGCAGAAGAAAGAAAUUCAUACAGGUUUGAAAUGACAAGAGGGUGGGCAAAUGAUGACAGAGUUUUCAUUUUUGCGUGAACUACUUUGUUACUUCAAAUUUGUUUACAU